AUGGCAUCCUUCGACAGAAUACCCGCCCAAGCAAAAGUUCAACCUACACAAUUCACUGUCGCGAUCCCAGAUGAGAAGCUAGAUGAAAUGAGACAGCUAUUGAAACUUGCAAAGGUUGCUCCAGAGACCUUUGAGGCCUCGCAAGGGCCAGAGACGUACGGCGUCACACGCGAAUGGCUACUGAAUGCAAAGUCAGAGCUUGAGAAAUAUGACUGGAAACAAACAGAACAGCACAUCAACUCAUUUCCCAACUUCAAGCAUUCGAUCAAGCAUGGCUCUGACACUCUUGACAUCCACUUUGCGGCUCUAUUCUCUCAGAAGGCAGAUGCCAUCCCAGUCACAUUCCUCCAUGGAUGGCCUGGAAGCUUUAUGGAGUUCCUCCCAAUCCUGGACAAACUGAGGACCAAAUACACAGCAGACACUCUACCCUAUCAUGUCAUAGUGCCUUCACAUCCAGGGUAUGCAUUCUCCUCGACUGUGCCUCUCGAACGCGAGUACGGAAUCACUCACACUGCGGACAUCUUCCACCAGCUCAUGCUUGAUCUAGGUUUCGCCAAUGGUUAUGUCGUGCAGGGCGGUGACAUUGGCAGCAGAGUAGCCAGAAUCAUGGGAAAACGCUACCCAGAUAUCGUCAAAGGGGUGCAUCUCAACUUCUGUUUCAUGCUGGAACCCGAGCAGUGUAAAGGAAUGGAGCUUAAUCAGCGUGAGCAGGAUGGUCUUGUGCGCUGGAAUGCCUUCCGUGAGAGAGGAAGUGCAUAUGCCUUUGAACACUCCUCUCGGCCAUCAACUAUCGGAUUCGUUCUCCAAGCCAGCCCGCUCUCGCUUCUAGCUUGGGUCGGUGAAAAGUUUUUGACCUGGGUCGACAAGCCACUCCCGUUGAGCACUAUCCUUGACGAUAUCGCUCUGUAUUGGCUGACUGAAACCAUUGCCAAGUCAUUAUACGCGUAUCGUACCGAUUAUGCAUUCAAGCAGAUUGGUGGGCAUGGCAAUCCCGACUAUAAGCUUCCAAACUUUGGGUAUUCAUCUUUUCCAAAGGAGUUGGCAAACAUACCCAAAGCGUGGGUAGAGACAUCGGGGAACUUGACCUUCUACAAGGAGCAUGACCAGGGCGGACAUUUCGCUGCUUUGGAGCAACCCGAACUUCUCCUGCAAGACUUUACAGAAUACGUGCAUCAAGUGUGGGAGCUUUAA